CGACAAGGCUCACAACCCAGCAUACAACCACCGGCAGUAGACAAGAUCAACUUCACAAUGCCGGAGCAAAAACAGAUCACGAUCCUAGGUUCCCUAAACAUGGACCUCGUCAUGCUCACUCCCCGUGUCCCAUCUGCUGGGGAGACCCUAGCCGGCACAGACUUCCAUACCGGCCCAGGCGGUAAAGGUGCCAACCAAGCUGUCGCUACAGCAAGAUUAGCAGGCCCGGACGUGAAAGUGAACAUGAUUGGACGAGUGGGUGGGGAUGCAUUUGGUGGAGAAUUGGUCAAUGCGCUGAAGAAGGACGGUGUGGACACAAAUGCCGUGUCAGUGGACCAGAAUACCACAAGUGGGGUAGCAUUGAUCCUCGUGGAGGAGUCGUCGGGGCAGAACCGGAUUAUUCUCAACCCUGCAGCAAACUUCACUCUCACACCUGACCUCCUCUCGAAGCACUACGAUGUCAUUUCCCGGUCCUCACUUCUGCUGACACAACUUGAGACCCCGAUGGAGACAAUCCUCGACGGUCUACGAUACGCACACGAGAACGGUCUAACUACGGUCCUAAACCCUGCACCUGCACCGGCCAAGGGUGCAAUUCCUCGCGAAGCAUUCGCGUGGAUCGACUACCUCGUCCCCAACGAGACUGAAGCUGCUCUCCUCACCGGGAGGUCGGAGAUCAGUACUGUCGAGGAAGCAAAGGAAGCUGCAAAGAAGUUGUUGGAGUAUGGUGUGAGGAAGGCUGUUAUCGUGACGUUGGGACACCAAGGCGCCUUGAUCCUGACCCGUGAGGACCCAGAGUCAGCAAUUCAUGUUCCGGCACUGAAGCUUGGGCCGGGUGAGGUUGUUGAUACGACUGCAGCAGGCGAUUGUUUCCUCGGCGGAGUAGCGGUCAAGCUCGCAGAAGGUGCUACGCUGAAAGAAGCGAUUGAGUACGGAGUGAGAGCGUCAGGGAAAUCAGUACAGAAACGCGGUGCGAUGUCGAGUUUGCCGAAGAGGGAUGAAGUUGAUGGAUCGCAGAGACGAGGUUCGCUCACCAUACAAGAACCUCUAAAACGGACACAUUCAACAUCGAUGCUCCUCACACCCACCUCCCACCUCCCCUCCACUCUCCUCCCACCCUUCUACUCCCGUCCACCCUCCCCCCUUGGCAUCUCCCGCACCCCAACCCCUGACCCAACAAACACACUGCCCUCCGACACCCUCGCCCGCACAACGCCCCUAACCUCCCAAGCCCCCCGCCCUUCAACAGAAUACUAUGGUUUCGUACUCUACCUCCUCUCAUCUCUCUCACUCCUCCUUUGGCUUUUGUGGAGCUUUACCCCGAGUCCAUGGCUAGAGGGAAUUGGAAUAACGUAUUUUCCGGAUCGGUGGUGGGCGUUGGCACUGCCUAGUUGGGCUGUGGUUGGGGUUGGGUGGGUUUAUGUGGCGUUGUACGGGUGGAAUACGAGGGUUCCAGGGAUGGAGAGUGCGGGGUGGGUUGUAGAUGGGUAUGGGAUUGUUGGUGCGAGCGGUAGUGCAAGCCCUGGUGGUGGUGGAGGAGGUACAGCGGGGAAGGACAGGGAUGCGGUUGUGGAUUUGCCGGUGGGGGAGAUUUGUGAAAUUUUGUAUGGGAAUGGGAGGGGGGACGACGAUAUAGAUGAUAGGAUAGGGGAUGAAUAA